GAGAUUUUACGACGAUUUUGCUGUGUUGCGGCAGGAUUUCACAACAGUUGUGCAAUCGCAGUCUGGGAAAGAAACUGUGCCCAAGUAUGGACAAUAACAAAGCUGUUCUAUGAUCAUCUACACUUCUUUAAGUGCAGAUUAAGUGAAAGUGAAGGAUAGGUUUGAUUGGACACACACUUCAACAAUAAGGAAGAUGAGCAGUAAGAAGACAGGCCCUGAGCCGUUGGACCAACAGUACGUCACUGUUAAAAAUGAGUUCGGCUCACCUCAGAUGGUUCCUGUACUGCAAGUUCUGGUGCCAGACCAUCUUUGAUGAAUCUCUGCACAACUGUCUCAACUCCUACCUGCAGAAUGCACCAAGAUCCUACGACCCCCCACUGGAUCUUCCUGCGGACCUGAAACAGAGACAGGAGACACUACAUAGACUCUUCUUCAUGGUGUUCAUGAGGAUGGCCACACACAAGGAGUCCAAGGAAAACUUCUUCACCCCUAAGAUGUUCGGAGACAUCUUGUAUGAGAACUUCUUGUUUGAUGUUCCCAAGCUGAUGGACCUGUGUGUGCUGUAUGCGGGAGGCAACAUGGCCGUCCUCACCAAAAUGAUUGACAACAUCUUCAAACAGCAGCCGAACUACAACAAUGACUUGGCAGAAGUUGGGCCAACUAUUUUUGAGGUAUUUGACAACAUACUGGAGAAGUGUGGGUUAUCAGAUGAAGGUGGUUCGGUGCCACAGAAGCUGAGUGACAGAAAAGCUGCCCCUCUACAGUCCAUGAGUGUAGGGGAGGUACAUGACAUCCUACUGUACAUGAGAGACUCAGCCAUCACCCUACUGGUGUUUCUGGAGACCUACCCCAGCGGAUGUAAGGUUUUUCACCAGCAGAACGUUGUUGCAAGAAUAUGCAGUUUUUAUGAGUCCGUUGUUCCAGCAUUAGAGAUCCUAGUGAUGGACAGAAUAUCUCAGGAUACAGGAAAGGCAAGUUGGAAUGAGCUGGCUGCAGUUCUAAGCCAGGCCAGAGGGAUGCUGGUCAAGUUAUGUCAUCACAUCAUCUCCACAUGCUGUCUCCAACCUAUUCUAGAAAACAGUGGUUCCCUGGAGGUUGUGUUAAACUAUGUAGAAGACUACCUCCAUGUGAUGUCUGCUGUACUUUCUGAAAGAAGAUUUCUCCAUGAUUUAGACUUCCUGUUUAGUGUACAAGAGGACAUAGACCUUAUUCACCAAGCCUGUGAUAGUGUAGAUAGCACGAGAACAGAUUUUAUUAUGGGAGCCGUCGACCAGGCAUAUCAGUCAUUUGGUAAGGACAAGAGAGCCAGGUAUGAUGGGAAUGGACCAAAUCAUGCUGCAUCAUGGAAUGGGGAGCUCAAGGCUGAUGGGAAUGGGAGGACACCUGUGAAUAGGGUACAGCAGGAGGAUUUCCAGGAUGAGGCAGCUCUUGAGGGUUUGGAAGGGGCCUGUGCCUUCCCCCAGCCCAGUGGAGUGGAGAUGGACUCCCUUAUCAGUGCUGUUAGGGACCUCCUUCCUGAACUUGGGGAAGGCUUUAUCAUGGCCUGCCUAGAGGAGUAUGGGUAUAAAGUUGAGAAGGUCAUCAAUGACAUACUAGAGGAAAAACUACCUGCUAAGCUCCAAAAACUGGACAGAAGCAUGAAAAGACCAGCUGAAAAAAAGACAGAAGAUGUUGAGACGACGUUGCUGUCCCAACGAGCCAAUGUCUUUGCUGGUGAUGAGUUUGACGUGUUCUCCAGGGAUGACAUCGAUAUGUCCAAAGUCUUCAAGGGGAAACGAGAACCAAAAGAUGUGAACACCAAGAAAAUCAUGGACGAAGACAAACCCGAUCUCGCCGCUCUAAAAGAACAAUAUUUUAACUACGGAACAUAUGAGAAAGUGCCAGAGGACGAGCUGAAUGGACCAAUGGCAGCGCUGCACGUGGUGGAUGAUUACGAUGAUGAGUAUGAUGAUACGUACGACACCAACGAUGUUGGUGAGAUGGACGCUGACUCUGCUGAUGAGAUGAUCAGAGAAAACAAGGCUGUAGAGGAGUAUGGAAGAGAAUUUGUGACUCCCAGGGUGUUAGCUGGCAACAAGGGGAGGAGAGAGAAGGAGGGGAGUGAUGAAGAGGAAGAACAGGAACAAGGAGGACCAAAGGACAAGAAGGAUAACUUUGUACAGGACCCGGCAGCACUGAGAGAGAAAGCAGCAGAGAGGGCAGCGUACAAGGCACAACGGCAGGGCAAAAAGGGACAAAACAGGAACCAACAAGACGUCCUGAAAGGUCAAGCCAAGGGUCAAGGUCAAACAAAAGAGACGGCCCACAGCAGACGACAGAAGGAGAAGAACAAGUCCAGUCGGGCCAAUCACAACCGACGGGCCAUGGCAGACAGGAAGAUGGCCAGGGGGAUGGGGCCACUCACAUAAACUCUGCUGACAUUUCAAGUUCCUCUCACUCUUGCCAUUCUAAGUGUUUGUUUUUUUGAUAUGCAAAUAUAUCCUAUUCUGCAACGCAGAGACAUCCAAUGGCGCCAGCAAACUGCCACUUGUCUGUACUCUGCUAUCUCAACCGUCACGAUCAGUUCCUGUGGGCGUCGCCA